AACCCUUGACGAAAAUGUAUUGGAAUGUCUUCGAAACAACCCUCCCGAGCGGCAUCUUGCAACUUCAAUUUUCCUCGUCUUCCAGGCCCAGCGCCAACUACCAGUGGAUUCGAUAGAUAUUCGAUGUGCAUGGCAGUUAACUAACUACCGUUUGUUGCGCUCAAAUGUGUCCCGCGCGAAAUCUUGACCGCUUUUGUCACCCCACUUUAACACCGAGUCAACGAGUUGACUACUCCGGAUCCCACUGAGCAACUCAACUUUGCGCUCAUGUCGUCUCUAUCUCCAUUUCCGUCUUAUCCCAUUCUCCUUCCUUCUGGGGUUUGAUGCCGCAAGUGAAGCCUAAGUAACUAACCGUCAAGGACCGUUUGGCUGACCGGGGUGUUGGGGGGAGAAUGCGUCGCAAAUCGCCAGUUGUCAGCGGCUGGGGAUUUUCCCUCGCUUGCCCUGCAGCUGCAUCCUUGGGCCCUGUCGGCUGUCCUGUUUUCCAGAAACCCCAUGCCGCACCAAUGAAUAUCCACGCUGAACUGUUGACCUGCUCCAUUGAGUAUGGCGUGCACUUUCAGCCCCAGGGGACGGGAGUUGGGUUGGCCGCCAAUCCUUUCUCCCGACAGUGGAACCCAUGCAGAACUUCCCAGAGGACUCCCCGCGGAGGCGAUGUAACACGGACAGGUUCAUGCAAUGAUAAAUUAACCAAGGCCCAGAGUACCGAGUGCUCGAUAUAUAUAUAUAUGAAUGUGGUCUCUCAUAGAGCCCAUUUCUUCCGAACGUACGUUUUUCAAUUGUUCUGUUUCUGCGGCACUAUGAAGUCCGCUCUACUCCUGGCGUUGACCGUGGCGGCCAACGCGGCGGCCAGCCCGCGCGUGACGGAUCCUGAGACCCAGGUCACUUACGAAGGGAUAUCGAGGAAUGGUCUCGAUGUCUUUCUGAACAUCCCAUAUGGCCAGGACACGAGCGGCGAGCACAGGUUCAAGCCCCCUCGGCCAUAUGUGCCCGAGGAAGGAUCGACGAUCAUGGCCAAAGCAUUCGGGCCCGCCUGUCCCCAGCAGACCGGCAAUCCAAACUUUCCCUUGACGUUGUCAAAUAUCUUCGAUAUCUCUGAAGACUGCCUUAAUUUGAAUAUUGUUCGACCCCCGGGCUUGUCCUCCGACUCCAAAUUACCCGUUAUGAUCUACAUCCACGGAGGCAAGCAGUUUUAUGCCGAGUUGGUUGGUUUCUGGACUGGCUCAAAUGCCGACCUCUCCUACGAACCGGAUGGAAUGAUUCUGGAGUCUAUGAAAAAUGAGAUGCCCAUCAUUCAUGUCUCGAUCAAUUACCGCUUGGGAUUGUUCGGCUUCGCCAUCUCAGAUGCUCUUAGAGAGGAAAAGUCGACCAACGCCGGUCUAAGGGACCAGCGACUGGCUUUCGAGUGGGUUCGCGACAACAUCGAAGUUUUUGGAGGGGAUCCAUCGAAAGUUACGAUAUUCGGCCAAUCUUCCGGAGGUCUUGCGGUUGGCCUCCACACCAUGGCAUAUGGUGGCACAAAGCCGGUACCGUUCCAACAGGGCAUUUGUCAGAGCCAGGCUCUCGAACCCGGAAUUACCGGUGACUUCACUAUCAAUGAAAUGAAGCUGGUCGCCGGCGCCACUGGCUGCAAUACCACCGAUCUGCACUCCCCAGAAACCAUUGCUUGUCUGCGUGACUUUGACACGGAGCCUCUAUUGAAUAAGUCUAUCGAGGUCCACGUGGCCGACAUCUCCAACAAUAUUGGAGACUCCUGGCUGCCGACGGUAGACGGUGAUUUUCUACCAGAUGCACCGUCAACUCUCGUUUCCGAAGGUCGCUUCGCGAAAGUGAGGACAAUGAUUGGAUGGACCGAGGAAGAUGUCACGUAUUACACACCCCAGGAAAUUUAUACGGAAGAGGAUACAUUCAACUUUAUCUCCAGCUAUCUCCCUGCGAUGACGGAUGUCUCGGUCAAGUCAUUACUUGAGCUUUAUCCGAGCUCCGAUUUCUCUGACGAUCCAACGGCUAACCGCACUGCGCAGUUCUACCGUUCGGCCAGAAUGUUCAGAGAUAUCAUCAUGACAUGCAUGCCGAUCUGGUAUGGAGAGAAUUUGGCGCGGAAAGAUAUCGACGUUUACUUGUAUGACUUCAACCAGACUCUUGUCGCCCCAAUCCUGGCUGCGAUAGGCAGCCCCGGCCUCGGUGCGAUCCACACAUCUGAGUUCGCAUACGUAUUUGGCAACAUUUCUCACUAUGACAUUCCCGGAUACCCUUUCGACCCUGUCGACUCUGACCGCCGUCUUGCGAUCGAAGCUUCACGGUCUUGGUCAUCCUUCGCCAGUGUCGGCCGUCCGUCCGUUCGGGGAAAGGAGACUUUGAAAGGAUGGGAAAAAGCAUUCGCGAGAGGUAACAACACGAGUAUUUAUGUGGCUGGAGGCCCGUCGGCAGGUUUAUCGCCGUGGGAUGGCCGUCGGGCAAAGCCAGCUAUCCGCGCACAGAAACUUCGCGAGCGGUGCAUGUUCUUGAACUCCCCGGAAAUCAGAGAGCAGAUGCAGUUUUAAGAAAGCAUCUUUUUCAGUACACUGUCGUGUCACUUGCUCAAGCCGCCAGGCGAAUGACUCGGGUUAGCGUACCUAUAAAUGUGACAGGUUAAAUGAUUCUCACGAUGUGAUAAGGGCGGUGCAUGUGUGUAUGUAUGUAUAUAG